AUGGGGAGCAUCUACAAGGAAUACUUCAACACCAAGAAGAUCCAGGAGCACUACAACUACACCAAGGAGGGUUGGGAAAGCUCCCCCACCACCUCGCGUUGGGUGGUCUCCAUCCUGGUGGUGCUGUGCUGCUUCAUCGUCCUGGAGAACCUCUUGGUGCUCAUCUCCGUCCGCUGUAACAAGAAGUUCCACUCGGCCAUGUACAUCUUCAUCGGGAACUUGGCUUUCUCCGACCUCUUGGCCGGGUUGGCCUUCAUGGCCAACAUCUUGCUCUCCGGAGCCACCACCUUCAACCUGACGCCGGUGCAGUGGUUCGUCCGGGAAGGCACGGCCUUCGCCACGUUGGCCGCCUCGGUCUUCAGCUUGUUGGCCAUCGCCAUCGAGCGCCACGUGGCCAUCACCAAGGUCAAGGUCUACAGCAGCGACAAGAACUGCCGGAUGGUGCUGCUCAUCGGGGCGUGCUGGGUGAUCGCCGCCGCCAUCGGCAGCCUCCCCAUCAUGGGUUGGAACUGCAUGAGCGACCUGCGGGAUUGCUCCACCGUCCUCCCCCUCUACUCCAAGCGCUACGUCCUCUUCGUCAUCACCAUCUUCACCCUCAUCCUCCUCGCCAUCGUCGGGCUCUACAGCCGCAUCUACUGCAUCGUCCGCUCCAGCCACGCCGAGAUCGCCACCGCCCAGACCUUGGCCUUGCUCAAGACGGUCACCAUCGUCCUGGGAGCCUUCAUC